AGCCCUGCCCUGCCCGCCCAGCACACCGGACCGCCGAGUGUACUAUGGACCUUGGGAACAGAAAAAGAAUCCACUACAACAUGAGACUUACCUACUCUCUGCUAAUCAUGGGAGCGUUCUACAUAACACCCUUCCUCUGCCAUAGCCAAAUUGAUCCACUAGCUCUUGGGAAAGCAGACCCCCAGUGUUGGGAAUCCUCCUCAGCUGUCCUACUGGAGAUGAGGAAGCCUCGUAUUUCUGACUCUGUCAGUGGCUUUUGGGACUUCAUGAUCUUCCUGAAAUCAUCAGAGAACUUGAAACAUGGGGCUUUGUUCUGGGACCUGGCUCAGCUCUUCUGGGAUAUCUAUGUGGACUGUGUGCUCUCCAGAACCCAUGGCCUAGGGAGAAGGCAGCUAGCAGAAGCUGAACAGAAGAUUGCUAGUCUGCGUUCUCAAUUCACAGUGAGAAACCAAGGGAUAUUUCCUCAUAUUCAGAGGUCACCAGUUCUGAAGAAGAAAGACUUGUUUGAAGAUUAUAUAAGUAUCCAUAUGCAUAAGAGCAUACCUACAUUACUUGGAAGAAUCACUGGAGAGCUAGGGAAAAAGAGGAAAUGACACAUUUAGUUGAAAAUCUUGAUUUGUGCAUAUGUUUAAGCUACUUCUCUUUAUUUGUUUUUUUUUUUCAUUUUAAUCCUCAUUGGUGUAAAUUUGUAUGCUGGAAGAAGACCUGUAACUAUGAGCACUGUAUUUCUGAUUAACCUGGACUUGUGGGGUUUUUUAAUUGCUUAUGAAUUCAGACUCCUUAAUAAACUGCAUGAUUUAUAAGCAGUUGCCUACUUU